CUACGCGCAGAUUGCGUUGCGGGUUCUCUGUCCGAUCUGGAUGUUCCGUCUCCCCGACCAGAACUUUACUGGGACAGUUUUGAUAUUUCUGUUCGAUUUUUUUUUUUUUUUCAUUGUAAAAGCAAGAAAUCGCGGUCUCCAUCUGCGGAUCGACUUGCCCGGUAAAUAUCUGCUGGGCGUUCCCUGCAUAUUGAAAAGCCCCUUGUCCUCACUUUGAGUUCCGAGUCCAGAACUAGGAGCGUUAAACGCUGACAAUGGACUCGGUCAUUCACCUUGACGCUCUGCCGCUGCCUGGUCCUGGCUUCUCUUCCAACCAUCACAGGCUCUGCGUCUUCGGUUUCUCACCACCCACUUGGAGGAGUCACGCCUCCAUUAAUGUUCCGUGCUUCCACCGCUUCCGUCGAGCUCUGAGGAUUCGUGGAUCACCGGUGGCCGCUUCCAGCUCCCUCGCGACUAAUUCAGUGCCGUCAAGGAGUGGUGUUUAUACUGUUGGUGACUUUAUGACAAGCAAGGAGUACUUGCAUGUAGUAAAGCCAACAACAUCUGUAGAUGAAGCUCUGGAAAGUCUUGUUGAGCACAGAAUAACUGGUUUUCCUGUGAUAGAUGAUGAUUGGAACUUAGUUGGUGUUGUUUCAGAUUAUGACCUGUUAGCAUUAGACUCUAUAUCAGGCCAUGGACGAAUAGAUAACAGCAUGUUUCCUGAAGUUGACAGUUCUUGGAAAGUACGUAAAAAGUCCUCCCCACUGACUUUCAAUGAGGUUCAGAAACUGCUUAGCAAGACCAACGGCCAGGUGAUUGGUGAAUUAAUGACCACCUCUCCUAUGGUUGUUCGGGAGACCAUCAAUCUCGAGGAUGCUGCUAGGUUAUUGCUGGAGACCAAAUUCCGACGACUUCCAGUUGUAGAUGCAGAGGGUAGGCUGGUCGGGAUUAUCACAAGAGGAAAUGUAGUCAGAGCCGCUCUUCAAAUUAAGCGAGCUAUCGAAAAGAAAGCAUGACAGGAUAUAGAAGACUGUUCAUAUCAUUUGUUGUUUGAAUUGGUGGACGAAACUAGCUUUGAAUAGAAUUAAAAUUUUGGCAUGCAUGCCUAGCCUCCAUAUCAAUUAUAGGAUUGUUUUACAAGUACAAGAAUGUCAAUCAUCAUUCAAUUAUUUAAGGGCCAAGUCUUGUAAA